GAUCGUGUCGGCGCGGAGGGCGGCAGCCGCCAUUGUGCAGGCUGCAGGGGCCGAACGGACCAGGCAGGAUGGCCAUCCCCCUGCUGCUGGCGGCCCUGGCGGCCGUGGCAUAUGGCGGCCCGCACAUGGAGGGGCCAUACAACCUGGCCGACGCGUUCUUACAGAACGUCCUCCAGCGCUACGAGCCAAAGGACUAUCCGUCUCCAGACUACGUCGAGUUCAUGGAGCGAGCACUGCGCCACCCGUCGCUCCAGUACGACGACCUGGCUGACCCGGCGGCGGCCACCGGCGACGGGUACGGUCUGGCCGACUACGACUACCGACAGGCGGCCCCGAGCCUGCGGGACCGCGAGUUCCUGCAGCAUAGCAGCCUCUGGGGCAACCAGUAUGUCGCAGGCGGAGCCGGGGAAGGAAGCCAGCACCUUCGUCCGGAGGGCAGCAUCAAGAACCAGCAGGUGACGAAGACGGACGGAGUGCUGCCGGCCUACUGCGAGCCUCCCAACCCCUGUCCGCUUGGCUACACAGCGUCGGACGGUUGUCUGGAGACGUUUGAGAACUCGGCCGCGUUCAGCCGCAAGUACCAGGCGCGCCAGGAGUGUAUGUGCGACACGGAGCACAUGUUCAACUGUCCUGACUCGACCAGCGACAGUGAGAUCUCCGCUCUGGCCAGAUCGAUAACAAACAAGGGACUGGACGAAUCGGCGCUGAACAGCCUCAUGAUGGACCCGGAAAAGUCCAAGGUUGUGGCCAAGAAAUUCCACCCAUCCAAGAGGGACAAUCCGUAUCUUCAGGGCGAGCGGCUGCCGGUGGCGGCCAAAAAGGGCUGAGCUGGUGGUGGCGGCCGGCGAAAGGCCACCCGCCGGCUGCAGAGCCAGGCGCUCCCACUCCCCAGCACACACAUACAUAUUUACUCUAUUUUACAGGUGGCUUCUCUGAGUGUCGCCCGUGCUCGCCGGUAAUGUGUGUCGCUUCGGAGCUACUAUUUUAGUCGGUAGUUGUUUGUUUGCUGUACGGUCGUCGCGCGCGUGGUGUCAGAGCUGUGCAGGCCCGGUGCUCUCCAGCGGCCGGUUCGGACGGCGGAGUUACCGGCUGCGUCCGCUACCCGAGGGUAGGCUGUGUCAGCGGUACAUCAGCCGUGCACUGGCUGUCGUCUCCGACGUCUGCCCGCCCGGCUGACGUCCCCCGGACCGCCAGUUGGCCACAGCGACCCGCGCCGGCCGCCCGGCGCCGACCCGCCGUCCGCGCGCCCCUUCAGUGUGUCUCCGUGCUCGCGGGCGGCUCGAGCGGACCCCUGGCGGCCCCCGGGUAAACACGAGUUGCAGAGGUGGCCACCUGGCGGCGCUGUCACGGUCCGCCGCGAGGGGACGCGCGAAUCCCGGCGAGGGCGGCGGCGAGGGAGGACGGCCGCGCGACGGUGAGGCGCGCCCGCCAGCGCCGGCGAGGGGCGCCGAGGGCGCGCUCAGGCGGGCACCAGAUCGGUUCAGGGUCGCGCCCCUCGCCGCUGAGAACACGCCCCGGCGGGUGCGCCAAGUUCUCCACCGCCGCCGCUUACCCGGGCCCUCCGUUUUCCUAUGAACAGCCCGGCUCACGGGGAGUCGCGCGUCCGAGCCAGGCCAUCGGCGCGGACUGCUACCGCCGGUAGCGACGCCUCCGAGCUGGCCGUUGGGUGCGCGGGCCGGCCGCGGCGCCCUGGUCAGCGCUCCAGGACAGCGCACCCUCCCCAGCGCGCCAUAGUCUCGGUGUGAUGUCGGUGGUCGCCGAUCGGCGCCGAUCUUAGACGGUAUUCUGUGCGCCAGUGUUGGGUGUGUGAUGGACCACAUACAAGGUAUAUCACUUCGUUGUCUGUUGUUGUUCUGGAAUUUACUCCGAAUACAUCGGGAUAUGCCGGCUCGGACCGUAUCGCUCUUUACCGAUACAUUUGGUGUAAGCAUGGUGA